AUGGACAAAAACACUGAUCUUUCUUCCCUCAUCAAGAGUCUGAUCCAACACUUCGGAUCACCGGAAAGCGCAGCCAAACAUCUCUCCGCUCUCCCUCAGAUGGCCGAAUCAACCGACAAACCCUCGUCUUCUCAAACACCGGUGGAAGUCCCAGAAGAAACCUUUCCUCCAGCUCCUUCUCCAAAAGGUUCUCCGAAGAGAAGCACCACUGAGUCGUCUGUUGGGACUGAUGUUGCUCCUGUCUCGCUGCAAAUGGUGGAAACUCCCAUCAAUCCUGAGCCGAUCUCCACUGUUCCUCCUCUUGAGAUCUUCCAUUCAAAAAUGGCGCCUUGUCCUGGUUCCUCUGUUAAGGUUGAUGAAGAACUCACGAAAGGUAAAUCUCCUUUGCAAAACCCUACUGUUCAAGCGUUUUCAGAAAAAUCCACAGGACAUCCAGCUUUUGGUGUUACUCAACAUCAAACUCCUCUUACCACUCCAAGCGAAGAGUCAAUUCCGUCUUCAAAAGAGGAAUCAGCGCAUGCUUCUCAAGAUACCUCUUUGGAGAGAAUUGGGGAAAUUGACAAAGAGGCCCUGCUUGAUCUUGCCUCACAACCUGGCUCAGAUGUUGAUAAAGCUUCUGUUGUUGCUGAAGAAGAAUGUGCUGCUGGUGAUAAACCCACAUCCAUGGAUGUUGAUGACCCUGAAAAGAUUCCUGAUGUUGAUCAGGAUGUUGAUCCAGAAGAAAGCACAGAUGUUAUUGAUGUUGACACCUUUGUCCCUGACAAGAAAAGCCGGAAAUGUAUAGCUGGGGUGGCCUCUCUCAGGCGUUCCUCAAGGUCAAAAUCCACACGGGUGAUCCCAUCUACUCUCAAUCUUCCUAGCCGAGAAGACAGUGAUGUUGGUCCAACAUCACAGCCUCCAGUUCUCAAGCCAAAGGUUGAACCUUCUCCCACCUCAAAGAGCGGAAAGAGGUUGAGGAAGUCAUACUCCACUCGUUUUUACACUCGUGAAGCAAAGAAUGCUCUCAAAGUGUUGGCUGCUAGGAAGUUUCAUAAUGAUAGACGUGCGGAUGAGGAUUUCUUUACAAAGUAUAAGCUUGAUAUCCUUUUGCAAGAUAGGAGUAUGUGGGGUACGGUUGUCAAUGUUUUUCCCUAUGAUGCUGAGAUUGUUAGAGAGUUCUAUGUUAAUCUGAUGACAGAGGCUUUUGACCCAAAAUCUGUUAAGUAUGGGAAAGUGUUUGUUAGGGGUAAGGUCUUUGAUUUCUCCCCAUCUGCCAUUAACAAAGCAUGUUACACUGCGAAUACUAACACUGAUGAUGUUGAGGUUGAUGAUGAUGAGAUGACUAGGGAGUUGACUGGAGGGAAACUUAAGGCAUGGACCUCGAAGUUUGCUGCAUCCACUUUGUCUUGGAAAUAUUCUGUACUUCACAAGAUUGUAGUUUACAACUGGCUUCCAAGCAAAAACACUACUGCUCUAACCAAGGAACAAGCUGAAUUUAUCUUUAAAGUUGGUAAGCCAUUGGCUUUCAACUUUGGUGAGCAAGUGUUUGCUAACAUCUCUCGUGCAGCCUUUAAGUCCACAGGUGGAAGUAUGCUUUCUUUUCCAAGCCUCAUCUACAAUCUCUUGGUUAAGCAAGAAUUCCAGGAGAGAGAGGAAGUUGUGCUUGUUGAAGAGAAGAAUCUGCUUGAGUUUUCAAAAAUCCUCCUCACUCCUGAUCGUGUCAAAGAUCUCCCCUACAAACCUCCACGUGUUGGUCCUCCUUUGUCUCCUCAGUCUGAUGAUGAUGCUGACUCUGCUGAAGCUGAGAUCGACAAGUAUGGUGAAGACGAAGAUGUUGAUCAUGCGAUUGCUCCUGAUGUUGCACUUGAUGUUUCCAACAUCAUUUCUGUCAAAGCCCAUCUCACUAAAGAAACAUCCACAUCUCGUAAAGAAAAGGAACCAGCUGGAGAUUCUGAAGUUGAGAUUGAUCUUGACGUUGCAGAGCUCAUCAAGGCCAGAGAGGAUCUUCUCAAGCUCAAAAGACAAGUGCAGUUGAUGGUGGAUCGGACGAUCAAGAUGGGACAGGACAUGCUUGCACGGGUCGACUGUUGUGAACAAGUCUUCGCCAAACUCCUACCUUUUCCUUCUUCAACAAAAAAGGAGGAGUAG